AUGGCGAACAGUGCAGACAAUCCGGACACUGACGAGAGAUUUGAGGAUGCUACCGAUGUCAAAGAUGAAUCGCAACGGGAUUCCUCCCACUCGGAUCAGCCACUGCAAGAUCCUAAGAACUCCAAUGAUCCUCAACCGACGUCGAACCACGAUGAACAAUCUAAGGGCGGGCAAAGAGAAAGCAGCGGAAGCUCAGGAUCCAAGAUACCUGAUAUAACUACUGAUACAAGCGCUGUGGAUGACUCCCACGACGCCCAGCAGACACCUAUGUUGAAGCCUCCCGAAUCCUCUACUGAGACUUCCGGCGAUCCUUCUGAGAAACCCCUCCCUCCUAAACCUGCUACUCGCCCUUCAAGAUUCCAAGGCUUCUCAGCUUCCCUCCCAUCGGUGCCCUGGGGACCGCCUCCUCCCAGAAAAACCUCAGACGCUCGAGCGCCGUCUCCGCAACCUCCUCAACCUCAGUCGACGUCCUCCUUUAGCCGCAAGGUCACCACUCCUUUCGGCUGGCUGAGCCGAGCAACAACGGCUCCAAAAGAAACUCGUUCUCCCCCUUUGCCGUCGAGAUCACAACUUGACACGCGGCGGAAUACGGCAGCAUCAGCAUCCACUCUCGGCAGCAACGCUGAUUUGACGCUAAAGGCGCUAGAAGAGUCUCAAGAUGGAUCAAGCGGCCAGAAACCUUCUAGAGCGUCUCUCCGUGAACAAUUCAAAAUGCUCCGGCUGCGGGAAGAAGCAGGUAUAACAAACCUAGAAAGUACGGAACCAUCUGAAGGAGGUGCGAUAGCAGGGCUCAUCGGACGGUCUGCCAGUCUGGGUGUUGGAAUUGCCACUCCAGGUAGCGUUGGUCAGGACGAGAAUGUUGUCUCUACUCCUGUCAUGUCUCCGUCCUCGCCUAUGGUUGAAUCACUACCUACCAAUCCAAACCUGGCUCCCGGGACUGUGGCGGGCGUGGCGGGAGCACCAGCAGAUACAACUACCCCCAUUGAUUGGGACUUCUGGCAAAACGUCGUCAACGAAGGUCCGCAGGCUGUUGCUCGGACAAGUCCUGAUGAGUUCACCCAGGCCAUCAGUGGUGGAAUUCCACAGACCAUCAGACCGGUGAUAUGGCAAGUGCUGGCAGGCAGCAAGAAUGAGGAUCUGGAAGCCGUCUAUUGGGACCUCAAGUCCCGAGGGCCACACUCAGAAACGAAGGAGGGCAUGCCUAAAUCCCCUUUACUCAACGGAAAUGUCAACGGCAGCGCCAAGGAGAAAGAAUCAGUCGCGUCGUCAAGAUCAUCGAUAAGAUCUGAUCAUUCAACGCCUGCCACCAGCUCCAAUAUAGGCGUCGCAUCCCCUUCGCCUUCCCAUGAGGCAACAGACCCUGUGAGCACUGCUCGUCUUCAGACCCAAUUGGCAGCAGAAAAAGCGAAAAAGGCCAAGGAGGAUGCUGCAGCACUAGCAAAGCUGGAAAAGAUGAUCAAACGAGACAUGGGCUCAAGGACAAGCUACUCAAAGUAUGCGGCGGCAGCAGGUCUCCAAGAUGGAUUAUUCCACGUGUGCCGCGCAUAUGCCCUCUUCGAUGAUGCCGUCGGAUACCCGCAGGGCCUGAACUUUAUCAUCAUGCCUCUUUUGUUCACAAUGCCAGAGGAAGAAGCUUUCUGCCUCCUUGUUCGAUUGAUGAACAAAUACCAACUGCGCGAUCUUUUUAUCCAGGAUAUGCCUGGAUUACAUUUACACCUUUAUCAGUUUGAGCGGUUACUGGAGGAUUUGGAGCCUGCAUUGUAUUGCCAUCUCAACCGCCGAGGUGUCACCCCCAAGCUGUAUGCGACACAGUGGUUUCUGACAAUGUUUGCAUACCGGUUUCCACUUCAACUCGUCAUGCGAGUGUAUGACUUGGUCCUCUGCGAAGGCCUCGAGGGUGCGAUUUUGAAAUUCGGAAUGGCUGUCAUCCAGCGCAACGUGGCCACGCUGCUGGGAAUGCAGGAUAUGCAAAGCCUCACGAACUUCCUAAAGGAAAAAAUCUUCGACGUUUAUAUCGAUGCCACACCUUCAUCCAAAUCAAUCCUGGAAUCGGGAUUCUUCGGCAGCUCAGGCGGCUCUGACACCGAGGUUUAUCGAGCGGAUCUCCUUGUCCAAGACGCAUGUGCGGUUAAACUGACGCCCGAGAUGCUCAAUCGAUACCGGGAGGAAUGGGAGACAACCACCAAGGCGGAAAAAGCACGUGAGACCGAGCUGGAAAAUCUGAAGACUGACUGUGCCACAAAAGCCGCCCAGAUCCGCUCGCUCGAGCAAAGGGCAGAGAAAUCUGACGCAGAACACAUUGAGAUUGCGAAUGAGCUAGUCCGCCUGAAAGUUGAAAACACCGAAUUACAAGACCGAAAUGAGAGCUUGACUGGACAAGUCGCCGAGCUGAAAAAGGUCGCUGAAAGCGAGGCCGCAAAUGUCGAAGAGAGGCUACGGGCGGGAACAGAACAGGUCAUGCAGCGUAACAUCGAGGUGCAGAAUGAGAAUCGCCACAUGGAAGAACAAAUGGCCGAAAUGGAACGGGAGCUCGUGGAGAUAAAGAUGAAGUAUGCUGAGCUCAAUGCCGAACACGAUGCGCUCAAGCAAAAAUGGAACGACUUAAAACGAGCGCUUGAAUGA